UCAAGACCGAAUGCUGUGCCGUUUGCUGUAUAGGCUAGGAUUUAUAUUAUUUGCUGUUUUUAAAAAUAAUUCUUCAGGAGUAUGAAUUAUUUUCUACCCUCAAUUAUAAAUUACUCCAGCGAACAACAUCAUUUUGUAUUGUUACUCAUUUGAAAAAAGUAAUUAGAAUGAAGAGAACGAGUCAAUGCUUGUGUAAACUACUCAUGCUUUUUCAAUAAUAGGCUAUAGAUUUUGUUUUUUAUUAAUAGAAAGCGUUUUAAUUUAUCAAUUGAAUUGUUAGGUUACACAUAAUAGUAAAUCGUGAUUGUGAAGUUCAGCAAUAGAAAAUAUCGGCAUACUGUGAGUCUACGAUGAUUAUUCAACUUCUAUUAGGAUUUCACUAUGUAUGAGCAAUAUCUUCUUUAAUCAAAGUUGAAGAUGGAAAGAGGUAACAAACCUGAGGAAAAAUGGGAAAUUGCAAGGAGAGGGAUAACCAUGGUCCUGAACAAUAGAUAUGAAGAGGCUGAAAAGCUCUUUAGUGGUCAUGAGCAUUCUACACAACUAGCAGCUGGGAAGUGUUUUGUAAUUUUCAUGAAUGCCUUAAUGACUUUCGAGGAAGAUAUGUUAACAGAAGCCAUGACGUCUCUCAGAGAUAUUGAAAGGAGAUGUGCUCAAGAUAUUGGAUGGAUAAAGACAAUGCGUAAUAGAGUAUUUGGGAGUCAAGUGAAAGAUGAAGCUGAAAGGUUGGAAGAGCAAAUAAUACUGGCCGACUCGCAAGUGUGCAUUGCACUGUUGACUUUUCUUCAGCAAGAUGUGGGCAGCUAUAUGAAAGGUGGUUGGGUGCUUCGCAAGGCAUGGAAGGUCUAUCAACACACCUAUCAGCAAAUAUUGCAAUUGUACAAGAAAACGUUCGGCUUUGAUCAAACCGUACCAGGUUCUGAGUUCCCCCUGUGGCGAGUGGUGACAAAGUCUGCGAGCUUCGGAGGCGGCGCCGUGGCCCAAUCACCGAGCUGCGAUUGGUCAGUGCCGAACUCCGCCCAAUCAACGCCCGGCUACGACCCCUCUUCCCCCACUUCGCCCUCAUCCAGCGCCUAUCCGUCCCUGCGUCGGCUCAACGGAUACAGGAAUCCGUUCUCGGCCAUCUUCUCCGCUUUCAACGCUCCUGCUGAAAACGAGACGGUGCCAGCCGAGGUGGUGUCCCGCCUGAUGGCUGCCGUGAGCUUCGGCUACGGCGUGUUCCAGUUGUGUGUUUCACUGUUGCCUCCUUCCCUGCUCAAGCUCAUUCAGCUGCUGGGUUUUGGUGGCGAUCGAGUCAGCGGCCUCGAGGCCCUCAUGUUCUCGCGUCAGGGCCACGAUAUGCGGGCGCCUCUUGCCACGUUGGCACUUCUGUGGUACCACACAAUAGUCCGUCCAUUCUUUGCGUUAGAUGGGAGCAACGUAGAGGCAGGCGUAGAGACCGCUUCGGCGCUGAUCGCUGAGUCUCAACACGAGUUCGGCGACUCCGCCCUCUUCCUCUUCUUCAAGGGACGGAUACACAGGUUGCAGUGCAACGUUGACUCAGCACUGGAAGCGUACAGGGCCGGCGUGGAGAAGUCGAUGCAGCGAGAAGUGCAGCUGCUUUGCAUGCAUGAGAUGGGUUGGUGCCACCUCAUCCAGCUUGAUUGGAACAACGCCUACCAGUCCUUUCUCGAGCUCAAGAGGAGAUCUCGCUGGUCGAAAAUAUUCUACACAUAUCUGGCGGCUGUAAGUGCAGGAGCAAACGAGCAGACGAAAGAAUCGAUUCGAUUGGCGAGAGAAGUGAACAACCAGUCUUCGCAGCCAGAGAACAGUGCUGGUCGCACGAAUGUGGGCCAAUUGGAGUACUUCAUCUGUCGACGCGCUGAGAAGAUAAUUGGCAAAGAUCCGGCCUUUUGUCGCCUAUUGGCCUAUGAGAUGCUCUUCCUUUGGAACGCCCUGCCGUCCACCAAAUUCAUGAACAAUAUUGCUCAAGACUGCCAGGAGGUGGAAGGCGAGGAGCCAAUGACAGGGCUGAGACUGUUGGUGCUGGGCGUGACGCAGUGCUGCAUGGGCCUUCGCGAGGAGGCGGUGGCCUCCUUCAGGAGUGUACUGAGUGUGCGCGCGCACAUCCCUGACUCGGCCGAUGACAGCCAUGUCACCGCCUUUGCGCUCUACGAGCUCGCCGUCUUGUUGAUCAAUGAGUGCCAGGCGGUAGAGGAAGCUCGCUUACUUCUCGAAAGAGCCCAAAAAGAUUUCAAAGGCUACGACUUUGAAAAUCACCUCAGCGUUCGUAUUCACUCGGCUCUUCGCAAUGCCUUGCCCUAAGUAAUAUUGGAACUGCGAUUUCAACCUUCAAACUCCAAGAAGUACUCUUGCGAAAAGAGUUUGAAGACCUUCGGCAAGAACUUUAUGUUUGAUUGACUUCAAAGAUAAUAUAAGAGUGAGAACCUAGUCAUCAAAUCACUGAAAUGUACAACUAGACUUCACUAAAAAAAAGCUUAAAGGCUUUUAGUAAUCAGUAAAACGUACGAUAUUCUACAUGUUAAGUUACCAAAUGAAUGAGCUUUGCAGCUUUUCUAAUAAAAAUUCCAUUUGUAAUAAUUUCGGGGAGGGUUGUUGAAAAAACAUCAAUUUCAUAAACUUUCAUUAGAUAUGUUUGAAGAAUAGUGGAAGUUGUGCAUAGUCUCCUAUUUUUUUAGUACAAUUCAAUGAACGAAAAGAUAGUUAAUUUUUGUAUUUUGAUUUCUUUUGUGUUGAGUUGAAUUAUUUAAAUUGAAAAAAUCAAUGCCUUAAUUAUAAUCAAUUAAUGUUGAAGAUUUUUCGAUAAUAAGAACACUAGAAUGGUUGUUCUAAAAGUUAAUUUUUUAUGAAAACAGAUCCAACUCUAGCCAAGUUUUACAUUAAAUACAGUAAAAGCUUCUAGAGGAGAAUAGGUACAGUAGUACCAAUGAAAUUUUGGUUUCAAAUGUGAAAUUCUCUUCAAAUCAAAAUCCAUCCUAUGCAGAUCAAAAUUAUUUAAAAAGCCAUGUAUGCUAAUUUUAUCACUCACUUAAUUUUUCAAGUGUGCCGAUUCAUACAGUAGGGUGAUUCGUUGAUAAACUGAUUCAAUGAUAACCUAUUUUUUUAAUAUUAUUUCUUAUCUUCAUCUAUUAUGAAAUAGCUUAUAGACUAAAUACGAAUGUUAUCAAAUCUUGAGAUAUGAAUUCUAAUGAAACCUUUGUAGAAACUUAGUCCGUUCCAUAAUAAGUGUUGUAUCUCUUGUUCUAUAUUUUUGCAAUUUAUAAAUUUUUGAGAUAAUUCUAUAUUGGAUGUUUCUAUUUUAUUAGAGUAGAAGCGAUAACAUAUUCCAUUGAAGUUUUCCGUCGUCAAAACUAAUUGUUGGAUAAUUUCCAUCAUUUAUCAUGGUUGUGGACGUAAAAAUUAUAAUAUUUUUGUCUCUGCUCAACAUAAAACUAAUAGUGUUUCUAUAGAAGUGUAUUUUGCAUAUUUUUAUGAAUUUGAAUAAAAUCGUAGAUUUUGUCAAUGUGAAAUGUAUAUAAACAUGUUUUCCAGUCGAUGUCUUUAUAUACGGUAUUCUAGAACAGUGAUUUUAGUACUGUACCUACCAUAACAGAUGGAUGUAUUUCUUUGUAGAAUCAUUAUGCAAAUCAAAACUUUUGAAUGGUGUGCAUAAAAAAUGAUAUAACCACAUUUUCAAUAAUGGCUACCACAUUUCCAAGAACCAGUUUUUAAAAUUAAACUUUCUCAUUCGUAUCUUGGUUUGUAGCCUAAAACUUGAAUUCAGCAUAUUUUUGUCAAUAUAGUCCACAUAUCCUCAAGUAUUGUUGUGUCUAUUAGCUGUAUUUAAUCGAUGUUCAUAGAAUAUUUUCCAAAGUCUUAUCAAUCACUUCGUAAAGUAUUUUUUCCAAUAGUUGGUAUUUUCCUAAUAGAUUUAUUGAUAUAAGUACUGUAACAUUUAAUACUCAGUGAUAGCAUUUUGUAAAAUUGAAGUUUGAACAUUAGGGAUUCCAAUAUUUUGCAUGUAUGAAUUUGAGUGUAACAUAUCCGCUCAUUAUAUAUUUUGGAUAAUGAUUAAGUUUUUGUAUUCUACAUUUAUACUUCGGUCUAAAAAUGUAACACUAUUUGUGAAAGCCUGCCUCUCACUCAUAAAUUCUUGAUUUAGUGAACAAUAUAAUUUACGGGUCGAUGUCUGGAAAAUAUCAAUAAUAGAGCCUUUAAUCGAGGAAAAUUAUAUAAGAAUAAUUUUGAAAAUUACUAUAGCCCAAUUUAUAUAGAUUUAUACUUUUGAUUAAUAAUGAAUUCCAACCAGUAUAAUGAUUAAUGUUUAAGAAUGAAUAUUAUGGGGUUUUUUCAAUUUAAUAAUGAAAUAAGAUCAAGGUUAAAAAUAAUGAUCUACCACCAUUUUAAUUUUGAUGAUAGAUGAGACUCCCUAUUUAUCUCCAAGUAAAGUAAUUAGGUACCAAUGUAUUGUCACAUUAUUCCUUCUAUAUUAUUCAAAGUUUUUUAUUGUCUAAAAUAUUCCUUAUUUUUUACUGAAUUUAGGCAUCUACAAUUAUAAAUUUUGCAUAAAAUGUUCAAGAUUUUCUAAAUUUGAUGAUCUAUGCGUUUGUCUCAAUGCAUUCUCAUCAAGGUUGAGUGGUAUAGAAGUCUUAAUUCCACCUAAUUAACAGUAGUUUUAUUUUCAGAUUGAAGAUUAUUUACUUGAUUCAAUUAGAAAUCAACAAUUAUUUUGAUACUAUGAUAUAUUUUAAUAAGUUUAUAAGAAUACUAGAAGGUUGUACUGUAACUGAUACGGUUGUAUUUAUACAAAAUCAUGUUUUUACGAAAAGUAUUAAUUUGUAGAAAAUCGCAACUAAAAGAGAAACCGAGAAAGUCCGUCACUAUAUUAUGCAUAAUUUUACUGUGUUGUACAAAAUAUGCUCUUAAAUCUUAAAUAACAUUCAGGUGCUUAUUUAAUGCAACUAUAGUAAUCAUGGAAAAGAUGAGCAUUUUUCAAAAUAAUGAAAAUAGUCAAGCAAUGUAUAAUACAUUUAUAAAGUACAGUAUAAUACUGAAAAAUGGUAUUAGUUGUAACGAAAUUUAGUAAUGAAAUUUGUAAUCACAAUAGUUUGGGAAGUUAUUCAGUUGCAAUAACUUAUCUGAUAGUAUUUCUCAAAGAACCUGAUGGUUAUAAUAAUUAUCUGAUAAUAUCAAUAGAUUAAGUAUCAUGGCUAACAGGAACCUUGAAUAUCAUAGUAUUUUAAAAAUUCGGAUAUGCUGAAUAGUGAAAAAUAAAGAUAUUGUUGAUUAUUGAUGAAAAAUGAAUUAUGAAUAUGCUGACCUAAUCAAUCUAGAUAGUGCGAGGUAAUUCAAUUACCUAAAUUUUGAUAGUUCAUAAUUAACUCUCAGAAGAUGUUCAUGAAUCCAAACAAAACCUAUUCAAUUUGCAUAGUAUAGACUACUUCUGUGCUAAGCAAUAAAUAUGCCGGUUUGUAAGUACAGGUGUCGGAAAUGAAUAGCUUCUAAAGAAUAUUAAAGUAUAUAUUAAAUUCAUCACUUUAGGUUGUAUAGUUAGUUCAUAUAUAUAGAAGUUUUAUCCCAUAGAAUGGCAAAUUUUAGAAUCUAUCCAGAAACGUUAAAAAUGAGCACCAUAUAAUAAUAAUAAUUUAAUUAAGCAAGGGUAAACGUUGAAUUGGUGAGUGUAGGAAAUUGGUACUGUUAAUCCAAAAAGUUUAAACUUUUCCAAAACAAAAAAAGAAUACAUCGUUAUAACGUAAUACUGUACUAUGGUAAAACGUUCUCUGAAUAGGAAAAGUAUUUUCAAUGAAAACCCAGAUCACUGUCUUCAUAUUUUUACUUACUUGAUUGAUGAUUGACAUGAAUGAAUGUUCAAUAUUAUUGUUUCUAUGAUUGAUGACGUUCUAAUUCAAUGUAUUUUGAGUGAUUAUCAUCACACACUGAACAUCCACAAACAAACGUCCUUUUAAACAUUUUGUAAUAAUCCGUUUGUAAUAUUCAGUUUUCCGGAAUUUUUUCUUCCUGUAUUAAAAUUGAUCGUUAGGGUAUAACUUUUUUCAAUUAUGAAUGUUCCAUUAUAUAUUAUUUAAUGGUUUAAGAAAUGAGAUAUUGACUUUUUCUCCUUUGUAUUACUUAUGACUUUGUAUGGAAAAAUAAAGUAAUAUAGACCCACAUCUUCUAUUAUUAGUGAUGAGUUCUUUUAUCAUUUUUCAAGUAGGCUAACGUAAUAAUAAUUAUUACGAUAAAAGUAUGUUUUUCUACAGUCAACAGAAAUCUCCAAUCUUUAAGAAAUUGAAGUGACUUCAAUCUUCUUGAAGUGACAGUGAAGAAACCAUUAUUGUAACAAAAUAAUAAAUAAUUUCUAAUUUGUAUUUUUCUUCUAAUUUGUAAUACUGUGUUCUUCAAGAAAUCAUUAAUACUUUUUCAACAUGAAGCAUUCAUUUAUAACAUAAUUACAAAGUAUAAUUCAAGGUUCAUUCCCAAGACCACAGAAUAAGUUAAUUUACCAAAAGGUAAUAGCCAACCUAUUAUUCAAAUCAAUAUUCUUGUUUCUUCCUUAAGCAAUAGCAGGAUCAAAAAUACUGUAUGCAGGUCUCAGAAAAUAAAGGAAUGUCGAAUAAUAUUAUUAUGACAGUAGUCAUGUGCAGUCCAUGUUCAACUAUACUUAUAUACUGUAUAUUUAUAUUUCAAAAAUAAAAACGAAAUAUGAGAGAUUGUCAUCAAUUUAUGUAUUAAGGAUUGGAUUUUCUUAAUUGAAAAUGUAUUUAUGUUAUAUAACUGAUAUAUUAUUCUUCUCUUCCGAAUGAAAUUACAGUAAUUUCUAUUGUUCAAUUGAUAUUACCAUUUGUAACAUUAAAAGCCUUUGAACAAAAAUCCAAUAUCUGUGUUAACUGUGUACCAUAUUUUCCAAUUAAAAUAGAUUUGUAGCUUAGUGAACAAAUAUUAUUUCAAUUGUAACUGAAAGUUGCUAAGCAUUUUUAUGACGCUUA